AUGCCGGCAGUCAGAAACAUAAUCUCCAUCUCUGAGCUCACCUGUAUCUAUUCCACCCUCAUCCUGUACAACCACGAGGUGACAGCCAUGGAGGAUAAUAUUAAUGCCCUCAUUAAAGCAGCUGGUACCAAUGUUGGGAGCCUCAUCUGCAAUGUAGGGGCUGGUGGGCCUGCUCCAGCAGCUGGAGCCUCACCAGAAGGUUCUGUCCUCUCUAUUGCUGCUGCCCCAGCCGAGGAGAAGAAAGGGGAAGCAGAGAAGGAAGAAUCUGAAGAGUCGGAUGAUGACAUGGGCUUUGGUCUUUUUGAUUAA